GUGUGCAAGACCACUUUUGUCUGACACUCAGAGCAAAGCAGAGAGAAGGAGCGCUCGGCUGCUGCUGAAACUUCAAUCCGAGUCAGAACUCCGCUCACUAAGCUUUGGGCUGGUUUGGGAAUUCCAGGUUUUGGAAAAGUUUCCUUGCAACACAGCUGGGAAGUUUGGCAUUUUGAACAAGGAUUUAUCCUGCAGCUAUUUCUUCCUGCCAUUCUUUGAUCCAUCCCUCUAUUUGUAGUUUGAUUCCUUGCUUACAGAAUUCCAGUUUUAGGAAAACUUUUGUUUUUUAGUAGGAGGAGAGCAUCAAAGAGGACCCUGGCUCCUGUGAAGAUGACCGACGAGGUGCAGCCAGAUCCCUGCAGCCUGGAGAUACUGGUUGAGCAGACGUCCACGCCAGGCUCACCUGCCACUGCCAGAAAUGACUGCGGCAUCACCCCCCUCACACCCUCGCCCUCACCGAGAGUGGAGAACAGACCCAGGAUGAGCUGUCCGUUCUCGGUUGUGGUGGCGAUAGACUUUGGGACAACCUCCAGUGGCUACGCUUUCAGCUUCACUCAAGACUCGGAGGCCAUUCACAUGAUGAAACGCUGGGAGGGCGGGGAUCCUGGCGUGGCCAACCAGAAGAGCCCGACAUGUCUCCUGCUGACCCCGGAUUUGAGGUUCCACAGCUUUGGAUUCGCUGCACGGGAUUUCUACCACGAUUUGGAUCCCGAAGAGGCUCGGCACUGGCUGUACUUUGACAAAUUUAAGAUGAAGAUCCACAGCACAAGCGACCUCAGCAUGGAGACGGAUCUGGAGGCGGUUAACGGCCGCAAGGUCAGGGCCAUUGAGGUGUUUGCCCAUGCUCUUCGCUUCUUCAGACAGCACGCUUUAAAGGAAGUGAAGGACCAGUCGUCGUCUGUACUGGAGGGCGAGGAGAUCCGAUGGGUGAUCACUGUCCCUGCCGUCUGGAGACAACCUGCCAAACAGUUCAUGAGAGAGGCUGCAUACUUGCGAGAGAGCAGCUGAGACGCUCCAGACACAGCAGGACCUUCCUGGUGGAAAGCGGCACUGGGGAGCUGUGGUCCGAGCUGCAGACCGGUGACAAGUACGUUGUUGCAGACUGUGGGGGAGGAACCGUGGACCUAACAGUCCAUCAGAUCGAGCAGCCGCAGGGGACCCUCAAAGAACUGUACAAGGCUUCAGGCGGCCCGUACGGCGCCGUCGGUGUGGAUCUGGCCUUUGAAACCAUGCUGUGCCAGAUUUUCGGGGAGGACUUCAUCCAGAGCUUUAAAGCCAAGCGCCCGGCGGCCUGGGUGGACCUCACCAUCGCCUUCGAGGCCAGAAAACGGACGGCGUCGCCCGGCCGAGCCAACGCCCUCAACAUCUCUCUGCCGUUCUCCUUCAUCGACUUCUACAAGAGGCACAGAGGGCAGAGCGUGGAGGCCGCGCUGAGGAGGAGCAACAUGAACAUCGUGAAGUGGUCGUCCCAGGGGAUGCUGCGGCUCACCCAAGAAGCCAUGAACGAACUUUUCCAGCCGACCAUCAACAACAUAGUCAAACAUAUAGAGGUGCUGAUGGCGAAGCCUGAGGUGCGCGGUGUGCGCUUCCUCUUCCUGGUUGGGGGCUUUGCGGAGUCCCCCAUGCUGCAGAGGGUGGUCCAGAGGGCCCUGGGGAGGUCGUGCCGCAUCAUCAUCCCCCACGACGUGGGACUGACCAUCCUAAAGGGCGCCGUCCUCUUCGGGUUGGAUCCCACAGUGGUCAGAGUGCGGCGAAGCCCUUUGACCUACGGCGUGGGCGUCCUAAACCGCUUCGUGGAGGGACGCCACCCUCGGGAUAAACUCCUCAUCAAGGACGGCCGCGAGUGGUGCACGGACAUCCUGGACCGCUUCGUCUCCGUGGACCAGUCGGUGGCCCUGGGGGAGGUGGUGAGGCGGAGCUACACCCCGGCUCGGGUGGGCCAGCGCAAGAUCAUCAUCAACAUCUACUGCAGCGCCACCGACGACGUCACCUACAUCUCGGACCCCGGCGUCAGGAAGUGCGGGGCGAUAACCUUGGACCUGCCGGAACCUCUACCGCCAACAGGAGCGGUGGGAGGGGCGGGAGCCGCCUUAGAGAGGAGGGAGAUCAGGGCAACCAUGCAGUUCGGAGACACGGAGAUCAAAGUCACAGCCGUUGACGUCAUCUCUAACAGGUCCGUCAAAGCCUCCAUAGACUUCCUGUCCAACUGAGAAGGAGCAGGAAACGGACUUCAAACAGAUUUCAGGGGCGAUAACGACUUUCGUGGGAUGGAAACUUUGAAAUGGAUCAAAGAAACUCUUAAACCAAGAAGUUUGGGCUUUUCCUCCUCAGAUGAGAGGUGGACUCCCUUGUCUGGACUCAGAAAGUGGAACGGAUCCCCAGCCCUCAGCGAGGAAUUACUUUUGUCACAAUUAUGUGAAGCUUUGCCAACACGUCCUGCAGUGAAGCAGAUGCAGAGGCCUGGGGGGCUGCGACUAAAGCGCUUUAGAUCAUCCCAGACAGUGGAACCACAGAAGGUGACUGUUGCUUUAGACCAGAAUACUUCACAUGGUUCUCCGUCAUGGUGGUGCACCAUCUAGUGGUGAGAGUACCUAACUACAGAUGGAAUCAGUUAUUUUGGUUUAACAUUAUCCUGAAUAUGUUUUUAAAAAAAAAUGAAAAAUUAAAAUAAUUUACCCAAAAAUAAAGUAAAUACAGAAACCUUUCCUUUAUUACAUAGAAAUCAACUUGUACCUGUACUGGAAGAGACCAAGUCUCAUUUGAAUCCUUAAAUGCUUAUUUGUGGAGUUUUUAAGUAAGUUUUUGUAAAGAAAGUGAUUUUUUUUUACUUUUUUGAGAGAUUGUACCCAUGUGAUUGUUAAAAAAAA